GAGCGAAGGCCCCGAUCCCCGAUUGUGUUCAGUUGUAAACAAAAGUAAAUAAUGAACAAAUACAAAAUUGACAUUUGUACAAUGCAGAAGACAAGAGCUCAGAAUUAUUCUGUUGAAGAACUGGAAGCUAUUCUGCAACAUUUAGAAGAAAGACCGGAAUUAGCUUCUGGAAAAUUUGGACCUGGUUAUGGUACAAUUAAAGAACAGAAAUUAGCUUGGAAAGAGAUUGCUGAUGCUGUGAAUGCUAUCGGUAUGGGACCAGCAAGAUCAGCCUUUGAAAUCAAAAGAAAGUGGGCUGAUUUUAAAAGUAGAGUGAAAAGUAAAGUAGAAAAAUUGGCUUUGAAGAAAAGUAUUGCUGGUGAUGAAUCUAAAUGCUUAACCCCUCGAUGCUUGAGGUUAACACCCCAUGAAGAAAGAGCUUUAAAACUAAUUUCAAAUGAUGUUCAGUCAAAUAUAACCGAAACAGACUUGGACACCAAGUCAGAAAAGCAACAGGACAUGAAUGAUUUAAAUAAUGAAAAUAUAAUGAUAGUCCGCUGCAAACCAUUGUCAAAUGAUGAUGAAGAAAUAAAAUCUGCUCAGCUUGGUUUUAAAAUAGACAAGUGUCAGCCAAAGGUAUUACUUGAUUCAUCAAAAGAAAAAACAAAUGUUCUUAAAAAAAUUCAUUCUACCAGGCUGCCAUUGUUACAAAAUAAGAAAACCCUCAUGUCUGGAUAUAUGUACAAUUCACAUAAUCAUAAUACUAUGAUCGCAGAAGUGAAAGAAGUAAAAAAUGAAAUCAAAGAGCUGAGAGAGUCCAUGCGGGAAUUGGUCAACAUGCACAAAAUAGCAUUGGAAUUAAAAUGUUUGAAAUAUGGUGUACAGAUUGAUGAGUUAUCACAAGACAGUUCGUAAGCAUUUUUAUGUAAAAUUAUGUGUAAUUAAUUAUGUAUAAAUUGCUGAUUGAAUUAAAUAUU